AUGAAUCAAUAUAUAUAUAACAAUUAUGGCCCAGGACUGCUGCUGCUGUCAACAUCUUCACAACAAUAUUCACCUCCAAUUUCCAAUGGAGUGAUUAAUAAUUCCAGUCCAACUUUUAAUUAUGAUAAUUUAGGAUCUUCAAUUUCUUCAAUGAGUUCAACUUAUUCCAUUAAUAACCCAAGAUUAAGAUAUUACUUAAGUAAAAGCUUUGAUUUAGAGGAUGAUUUGGAAUUCUGUCCAGAAAUUCCUGAUCAUUUUAAUACGUCACCAACGAUUAAGAAGUUUAAUCCAUAUACUGCAUCUGUAUUUUCUCCUAAUCAGAGUAAUAAUGAAAGUCCCCAACCUAAUCAUGCCCAAAGUCCAAGAGUUUCAACUCCAAGAGUUAGGAAACCAAUUGAGAUUAUUAAUCCUCAAACAAAAUUGAAGAUUAGUUCUCCUAGUAUUCCUAAAUAA